GAAAACAAGAGCGGGGGUCGGAGCUGCGCCUCGCAGACGCGCCGCGCUGUCCUCGGCUCUCCGCGCUGUGCCGCACCGCCGGGCAUCAGUUCUUUGGAUUUGGUCCUUGAAUACUAAACAUGAGCAACUACAGCGUGUCUUUGGUCGGGCCAGCUCCCUGGGGUUUCAGGCUUCAAGGAGGCAAGGAUUUCAAUGUGCCUCUGUCUAUCUCUCGACUUAAUGAUGGUGGCAAGGCAGCCCAAGCAAACGUGGGGAUUGGUGAUGUGGUUCUCACCAUUGAUGGGAUAAGCACAGAUGGGAUGACUCAUCUAGAAGCACAAAACAAGAUCAAGGCAUGUACAGGCAAUUUGAACAUGACUCUGCAAAGGGUGUCUUCUAUACAAAAACCUGAUCAUUUUCAUGUGACAAAGGCAGAGCCUGCUGAAGUAGUUAAGCCUGUGCCCGUUGCCUCUGCUGUUGCACCCAAAGUCACUGCCACAACCAGCGUGGCUUUCAAUAAGACACCGAGGCCAUUUGGAGCUGUAACCUCCUCCAAGGUCACCUCCAUCCCAUCACCGUCCUCCGCCUUCACGCCGGCGCAGGUGUCGGCCGCGUGCGCCGUGCCCGGAGUGCAUGCUAACGCCAAGCCUAACGCUGAGCCAUGGCCGCCUGUGCUGGGCGCUCCUAAACCUGCAGUUCCUGUCCCACGGCAGCACGGUGCCGCCCCAAGCGCCUCGGCCGCCGACGGCGCCCAGGACGCAGCCGAGGGGCCGCGACGAGGAGGCAGAGAGAACCAGGGGGAGAGUAAACAGCAAAAUGGGAAAAACCCACCCAAACGCCCCCCACGGAAGCACAUCGUGGAUACCUACACUGAGUUCUACCACACGCCCACCCACAGCGACGCCAGCAAGAAGCGGCUGAUUGAGGACACCGAGGACUGGCACCCCCGCACAGGCACCACCCAGUCCCGCUCCUUCCGCAUCCUCGCCCAGAUCACUGGCACUGAUCACAUGAAAGAACCAGAAAAUGAAGCUGGGAAGAAGACUAAUGAUUCCCUGGAAACUGCCCAGCCUCCCCCAGUGAAGAGCCAGGACAGCGUGGAUGUGAGACCUGCUCCUGCCAGCACCACACCUGCCGCAGUCCUCAAGCCAACGGCACCCCUGGGUUCUGCCAAGGGCUGGCAGCCUCCAAACCAAGCAGCUCCUGUCAGUGGAUGGACAUCAAACAGUAUUAAAUCACCUGGAACAACUGCCCCAAGUGAAAAAGCUGCAACAGCACCUCAGCUAAAUGAGCAAGACACGCUGGUUCAGCGGGCGGAGCAUAUUCCAGCUGGGAAGCGCACUCCCAUGUGUGCACACUGUAACCAGGUCAUUAGAGGACCCUUCUUAGUGGCUUUGGGAAAGUCAUGGCAUCCAGAAGAAUUUAAUUGUGCCCACUGCAAAACCUCUAUGGCGUACAUUGGAUUUGUGGAAGAGAAAGGGAUGCUGUAUUGUGAGGUCUGCUAUGAGAAGUUCUUUGCCCCUGAGUGUUCAAAGUGCCAGAGGAAGAUCCUUGGGGAAGUAAUAAAUGCUUUGAAACAAACUUGGCAUGUUUCCUGCUUCGUGUGUGUGGCCUGUCAUAACCCCAUCCGCAAUAAUGUCUUUCACUUAGAAGAUGGUGAUCCCUACUGUGAGACGGAUUACUAUGCCCUCUUUGGUACAAUGUGCCAUGGCUGUGAAUUCCCCAUCGAAGCUGGAGACAGGUUUCUUGAAGCCCUGGGCCACACUUGGCAUGACACUUGCUUUGUAUGCUCCGUAUGUAGUGACAGUUUAGAGGGCCAGACUUUCUUCUCCAAGAAGGACAAGCCACUGUGCAAGAAACACGCCCACUCUAUCAACAUCUGAUACUUGGAGCUCUCUUGUGUAACAAAUGUACUGAGCAGAAAGGUUAAAAUGUCCAUGUUCAAUAAUUGGUUAAAAUUAUUAUAUACAGUUUAUCUAAAAUGAAAGAGAGAUGUGGAAACUUGCAGAAGGAAUUGCAGACUGAUUUUUCAGAGUGUUUAUAAUUUACAAUUCUGCUUCAUAAAAAGAAAGCUAUCAGGAAUUGCACCCAAGCCAAAAAAUUAGAGUGUCUUUAUCUCUGCACUUCACACAUUACUGUAUUUCAUGAUUUUAUGACCACAUUUAUCUCUGUUUUAUAAUGAGAAGUGAAGUAUGUAUAAAAGUAAAUACCUGAUAUUAGAAGUCUCGGUCUUGCUACUACUCAACAAAUAAAAGGAGAUUGGAUUCAGCAAUCCUGAUGACUUUAUUUCAGUGAUGUUUUUAAAGUGUGUCCCAGAAGUAUUGCAGCUAAACUCCAUUAAAAGGAACUCAAAGUAAAGAUAAGAGUACACAAAAUAGAUAUUCUGAAACUUACAUUUUUUAAAUCUGGUAUUCGUAUACAGGAAGCCUCCUACACAAUUACCUGUACCUGUGCCUUUGCACUUAAAUUUCUGAUGGGUUUGCAAGGGACAGAGGUUUUUACAAAGCAUUUAAGUGGCUAUGCUGGUAAAAAAGAAUAUUUAGAAGAUGCCACUUAAAACAUAAAUGGGAUGCUUUUCUGUAAUUUAUGUACUACCAGAACACUAGGCAAAACCCCCUGCUGCAGAGGGUGUCUUUGAUAGGUGAAAAUGUCAGAUUAAAUCUUAAGGGAGCAGGGAUUUCAACGCUUCUCUUUGCAGUUCAGGUGUUAGGUAGCUUUAAGUGCCUUGUAAAGCGGAAAUUGUGCUGAAUCUGCAGGUAACAGUGGUUUGUAUCCAGAAUGUGAGAUUCUGGUGUUCAGUGAGGGAAGCUGCUGAAGUGCAGCUGAGGACAUUGGUUUUUUCUCAGUACAUUCUUUACCACAUAGCUCAUGAAUAUGUAUAUUGGUGGUGUGCCAGGUAGCGUACUGAAAACUUUCUUGCUCAGCUGUUAAGAUUUUUGCUAGUUUAGGAUUAAUUUUUCUCUUUUCUUCCAGAUGUAGGGAAUGUACUGUUAAAUGAUAUUCCAUUGGUUUAAGCAGCUCAGUGCCUCUGAGAUCUUGCAAGGGAGCAGAGAGACAAUGCUGUCAUUAUGAAUUUGCUUCGAGCCAGAUCAGCCAACACUGUGGCUUGAUAUGAAUUUUACAUCCACACAGAGAGGCAAUGGAAGACCAGUGCACCAGCUCAGUCCCCCUUAGCCUCAAAUUAAGACUUAAUUGGUUUAAUUGGAAUGAUUGCAGGCAACCAGGGUGGAGGUGGUGCUCCUCUGCACAGGGCGAAUGUGCUUCACCAGAAUCGCACCAACAGAGAAGGGGGGGUCUCAGGACCAGAGUAGAUUCCUGAAGGAAACUGAAUUUACCUUGCUGUUUGAUUCAACUGGGGUGUCAGAGGUGAAUUGUUAGUCUUUAGUGCUCUUUAACCAUUCACUGGUUUUGUUGUUGUGGAGUGGGUUUUUUUACUGAUUCAACAGAUAGUUUUAUCCAUGAAACCAUGGAUAAAAAAGUUACAAAACUUUGCCAUGGUUGAGUAAAGCAAUUGUAAUGAGGAACAAAAAAAUCAACAAAAGAGGAGGAAAGAAAACCAAAAUUACUGUACUGAAAUAUGAAAAAGUAUUUGGCUUUUGAUUAAUUCAGUGAGACAGAUUCACAUUGUGGGGAUUGUUUCACUUUGUUUUCUGAAGUUGUUUUUAUUCAAUAUUACCACAUUUCUUUUUUAACUUCCAGUGGUACAGAAGAAAUUUGGUAAAAUUGGUGAAUGUUGGUAAAUAAGAAGAAAUUUGGUGGUACGGUAUAAAAUGUUUACACUCUUCUAGAUGUACCCUUUUGUGAAUUUGGCUGAAAAUCAGAAGGGUGGAAGCAGACUGGACAAGAUACAGUUACAAAUAAGCCAGGUUGCUUUUUAAAUUAGGUGGAAUGUGGAGAAAUGAGACCUACAGACAGGGUUUCAGUGGAGCGUUGUGGCACAUGUGUGAGGAAAGAGGGGGAAAACGCACAGGAAAAGGCGUUCCAUAAUUUCUGCAAUUCAAACCUUGCAGUCUUAUAACGUAGGAAAAAAACUUCUGUUUGUCAUUGUCCUUAAAAUCAAAUUAAAAUUUUUUAGCCUCAUAAUUUUAAUUUUAAUUUUAUUUUUUAAUCCAUAUGCUCUAAGGUUUGACAUUUUGCAGAUGUUAAUGAAUUUGAGGACAAAAGCCUGAAGGGCUCCAAUAGAACUGCUUCAUUUAGCUGCUUUGCCUUUUAAUUUCUGCUUUUAUCUAUUUGUUUAAAAUUUUAAAGGAAGCAUAGAGUCACUGAUAGAUAAUGAAUAUUUAAUGGCUUUACCAAAUUAUAUAAAUCAAUUAAAAGGAACAUAAUUUUUAUCAUUAUUUUAAUAAGUGAGAUUUUAGUAGAGCACUUUAUAAUAAUGCCAUAUAUCUCACUGAAUAUUUAUUAUCUUUUUUGUUGUUGUUGUUUAGAACUAUUUAAUCCUGGUAUUAUUUUAUUUGUAAGCCUGCCUUUACCUCUAGAAUCUUUUGGGGUCUGAGUGUAUGUGUUUAAAUAUACUUCUUUCUACAUGCAUGUACAUUGAGAGACAGAAGUAUAGAUGUGAAUUUGAAUGCAGACUUGACAUUGCAAAAAAUCAUUUAGGGAUUUCACAAGAUUCCCAACUGUUUUUCACGCAACACGUUUAUAGCAUUCAUGUUAUGAGGAAAUUUUACAGAGUCAGGACAGAUAUAUUAGUAACCUAACUACUGUAAUCUUCGCAUGCAAUUUCAGUCAUUGUUUUUCUUCCAAAACCAGCUGUGAGAGAAUUUGGCUUAACUGUGUUUGAAGGUAGAAUGUCUUUAUAAGUGAAUAAUUGAUCCAUGAUGACUGUUUCAGUAUGUUGUAAUGAAAUAAUUCAGGAUUACAUGUAAAUAUAAAUGCUUAAUAUAACAAUGCCAUAAACUUAAAAGCAGGAGUUGAGUUGUGGUUCAAUGUGUGUUGGUCUGUUAAUUGCGUACCUAUUUCUUCACAGAGCUGCUUUGCAAACAUUAUUUUAUGCUAAACUGACAGCUGUUAAAUCCUGGUGAUUUCUCUGCUUGUGUUUAUUAAUCUUUGGCAUUAAAGUUUGGCUGUUCACAUUUGCAAAUUUAAUUAUGAUUGAAAAACAUAACAAGCAAAUAAACCCUACUCAAAACCUAAAA